UAUGUGGGUGAGUUGCAUCGGGGGGAGGAAGGGAACUGGGAGCUGAUUCCCAAUCAUUGAAGAAAAAUUAUUUCAGUGUCUCUUCUAAGAAAAUAAAUAAAAGUAGUUCGACUGUCGAUUAAAUUUUUUUUGUAACUUUAAUUCAAAUGAUUAAAAUUUAAUUUAAAUAUAUAUCCGGCGUGGCAAAAUAAUACCAACAUUUAAAUACAGAUAUGUUUGUAGGUUGUUUUGGAAUAAAUUAAGUGAUUUAUUGCGGAAAUAUUUAAGAAAAUAGAAAUACUUGAAAUAAAAAAUGUGGGUGAAAUUAUAAUAGAGCAAAUUAUUGUGGAUCAGUGGGAAUUGAGGAAAAUUCGAUGAUUUUAUGAUCGAUCCGAGGCUCAAAUAGAAUCGCUAAACUAAAUUUGAUUGAAAUGCAGACUUAAAAGAAUCUGGCGGCUAAAAAUUUCGUUGAAUGAUUUCCAUCACGCUUCAGAACUUAAUUUUUGGUUUGACACCAUUUAAACAAUUGAAUUUUUAAUAGUUGGUUUUCUAUUCAAUAUAAUUUUUUACAUUAAUAACACUUUAAAUAUUAAAAACCACUUGAAAUCCAUCGGUUUUUGUAACAUGAUUUUUCUUAUUUGCAUCUACUCUGAAUGCACAUAUGAGUUUUCACUUGAUAUCUAUUGAUAUGUAAAAAGAUGCUGUUGAAAAUUGUCGGAGAUUUGCGAAAAAUUAAGAAUAAAAGAAACAAGACCUCAUGCAUUGCAAGAAAUUUUUAUCUCCUUUGUCAUCAUCAUGAAGGAGAAGUUAUGCAUAUCUGUAAAUUGCUCGCAAUUAGACCAGUAAAUUUAUGCAAAAGCUCUGAUAAACGAAAUAAAAACAACUACAAACGACAGCAGACUAUAAAACUAAAACUAAUGCUAAAUAAAGUUGAUAUAAAAAAACGUAAAGCCUUCCCAUUAAUAGUAAAUCUACAAUCAAUUUGUGGGAAAGAAUAAUAAUGUUAUAUAAUAGGAGAACUGGUAACUAUUCGUUGUUUGUAAUAUCCAUGAAUAACGUUCAACUGUCCAACAAACCCUUGUGCAACUAUUCAAUAAUAUUAAUUGUGUGUAUGAUGUUUUGGAAGUUGGGAUAUUGUUCACAUGGUUACAGAAAUAACACAGAAAGUGCUGAACUUGUGUCUAAUUAUGAAUCGAGUUUAUCAUUGCCCGACAUUUUGCCAAUACCAUCAAAACAGUACGAUAAAAAUCGCGCUCCAAAACUACUUGGACAGCCAACAGUGGUAUACUUUCACGUGACCGUACUAUCGUUAGAUUCCAUUAAUGAAGAAUCAAUGACAUACGUAACGGACAUAUUUCUAGCUCAAAGUUGGCGAGACCCAAGAUUACGUCUUCCUGAAAAUAUGAGUGAAGAGUAUCGAAUACUUGAUGUCGAUUGGUUGCAUAGUAUAUGGCGGCCCGAUUGCUUCUUUAAGAAUGCUAAAAAAGUUACAUUUCAUGAAAUGAGCAUACCAAAUCAUUAUCUAUGGUUAUAUCAUGAUAAGACGUUAUUGUAUAUGUCAAAGUUAACUUUGGUAUUAUCGUGUGCAAUGAAAUUCGAAUCAUAUCCGCAUGAUACACAAAUAUGUUCCAUGAUGAUUGAAAGCUUAUCACAUACUGUACAAGAUUUAGUAUUUAUUUGGAACAUGACAGAUCCGUUAGUUGUUAAUUCCGAAAUAGAACUGCCCCAGUUGGAUAUAUCGAACAAUUACACAACAGAUUGUACGAUCGAAUACUCAACUGGAAAUUUUACAUGUCUAGCAGUUGUGUUUAAUUUAAGACGCCGCCUAGGCUAUCAUUUAUUUCACACGUACAUCCCAUCCGCUUUAAUUGUUGUUAUGUCGUGGAUAUCGUUUUGGAUCAAACCGGAAGCGAUACCAGCACGAGUAACAUUGGGCGUGACAUCGCUUUUAACGCUGGCAACACAAAACACACAAUCACAGCAAUCCUUGCCUCCAGUUUCAUAUGUGAAAGCUAUAGACGUAUGGAUGUCGUCCUGUUCGGUUUUUGUAUUCCUAUCUCUUAUGGAAUUUGCAGUAGUCAAUAACUACAUGGGUCCUGUGGCGACGAAGGCGAUGAAAGGAUAUUCAGAUGAGGAUUUGACUGACGCGGAUGAUUUGAAGAAUCCUGAUCAUCGUGGUUCAGUUGUUGUUCCUCAAUACGAUACUUUUUGCUAUGGACGUGAAACUGCAUUGUACAUAGACAAAUUCUCCAGAUUCUUCUUCCCAUUUUCCUUUUUCAUCUUGAACAUAGUUUACUGGUCGACAUUUUUAUAAAAAAAGCAACAAAGCAAACUUCAACGUUCAAUGAAGAGUCCCGGCGGUUUCUUCACACCUGGAAGUGUUCUUAGAGUCCUUUUCGGUCAUUCGGAUUCACAACCCAACUAGUUUGGAGACAUACGACCGAAGCCAGAAAAACCGCUUCUACAAAAAAAGACAGCAAAGCACACAUGCAGCUAUGACUACUCUACAAGCAAUAUCUUCGACAAUUCUUAACUUUGCACACACAACUUCAAAUGCAAAAGAUGGAAGGAUAUAUUUCGAUGUGGAGCUGAAGGGACACAUUGUAUCAUGCAGUGUAUCUACGUAGAUUCUAGUUCAAAUUAUUUCGUGGCACUGUUAAAAACUUACAAAUUUUUUUUAGAAAAACUAAAUCGAAUCGGAAACUGAUGUUUGGAGCUAACUUUUAAGAAUUGAUAAAAAUGUGAACUAAUAAAACUAAAGAAAUAGGAAAAA